AUGGUCGUCAAAGCUGCAGUCGUCCAGGCGGAGCCAGAGUGGCUGGACCUCCAGGCUUCUAUUCGAAAGACCUGUCGCUUUAUAGGAGAUGCUGCCCAUGAAGGGGCCCAGAUAGUCGCAUUCCCUGAGCUCUGGGUGCCUGGCUAUCCCGGGUGGAUAUGGAGCAGACCAAUGGACCCCGUCCUCAAUGUCGAGUUCGUCAAGAACUCGCUUGUGGUCGAUUCUACCGAAAUGGACGCUAUUCGCAAGUGCGCAGCAGAGAACGAGAUCGUUGUCUGCCUGGGGUUCUCUGAGCGAAGUGGUGGCACCGUCUACAUUGCUCAAUGCACGAUCAACAGCGACGGAUCUCUCUUGGUGGCCAGGCGCAAGCUGAAGCCAAUCCAUAUGGAGCGCACAGUAUUUGGCGAUGGCCAUGGUCCGUCACUGCGUAAUGUCGCCCAAACUCCAGUCGGUCGCGUCGGUGCGCUGUCCUGUGGUGAACAUUACAAUCCACUUUUGAAAUACCACACGUUCUCACAAGGGGAGGAAAUCCACGUUGCUGCGUGGCCUCCUGUCAUGCCGCAUCCUGGCGGUAAACAUUCAUAUUCAAUGUCUCAGGAAGCGGUCGAAGCAGCGUCACGUAUAUACUCAAUAGAGUCUCAAGCCUUUACCUUGCAUUCCACCACCGUUAUCAGCAAGAAAGGCAUUGAGAAGCUGGGAACAGCGCAUGGGAUGGUCUUCAACGCACCUGGAGGAGGCGCGAGUGCAAUAUUUGCCCCCGAUGGACGAAAACUGACAAAGGAUUUGCCGCUUACUGAAGAGGGCAUUCUCCAUGCGGAUCUGGACUUUGACGAUCAAGUAAAAGAAAAGAGCCUACUGGAUUGCUGCGGGCAUUGUAGUCGUCCUGAUCUGCUAUGGUUGGUGUCGAAUAUGGAGGAGCAGAAGUCUGUUCGCUCGGCUUAA